GACAAUCUGGCAACCCUGGUACUGUGGAGGAAACCCCCCCUCCAUGCACCGGAGCAUCCUCAGCAUCACCGGCCCCGGAUUGAGGAAGCCGCCGCGGCGUGUUUAAAGCGCGCGGUCGCUGCUGCGCUCGAGUUCCAUUCCGCGCAUCACAGCAGCCAUGGAGCAGCAGCAUCACCUCCAGCAUGUUCCUCACCAGCAGCCGCAUCUUCUUCUACUUCCCUGUGGUCGUCUCCUACUCCUGACCCUGCUCGUAGCGCUGGAGCCGCGCGAGCUGGCGGCGUGGGGCACGAGCGUGAAGUACGCGGUGAACUGCCCCGAGCGGUGCGACCCCGUGCGCUGUAGCGCCACGCGAUGCGCGCGCACCGUGCUGGACGACUGCGGCUGCUGCCGCGUGUGCGCCGCGCGACGUGGGGAGCACUGCUACCGCACCGUGUCAGGGGCGCACGGGGUCAAGUGCGGCCCGGGACUCUUCUGCGACUUCUACAAGGACGAGGACGAGUACGGGGACGAGUAUGGCGUGUGCAGGGACUGCAUGUACGGGACGUACGGAGUCGAGUGUCGCCAAACCUGUAACUGUAAAGCAGGAGGACUGUGUGACAGAGAGACAGGCGCCUGUCUGACCUUCAAGUUCCUCGCAAAAAUGGCCAACGCGCUCAAGACUCACGAGGGUAACGAGGUCGCGUCGGGGGACGACAACAACAACAACAACAACAACAGCAACAACAACAGCAGCAACAACAACAACAGUAGCAACAGCGGUGCAGGAGAAGGACACACGGAUCGAUCGUCCACUCCGAAAUCGCUCGCUCCUCACUGACACAGGCUCAUCUCGUCUCGCCUCUUCUCGUCUUGCCUCGUUUCGACCUCGAUUCGGGCCUCGGCUCGGACGGUCCGCAUGUAGCAUAUAAUAUAAUUUUUUUAUAUAAGGGAUAUAUUUUAAUACAAUUAAAAAAUGUCUAUUGAUAUUCUAUAAAAUCUUUUCUUUUUCCUACCCUGUAUUAAUACCGGGAUCGAAGCCCUUCUUGUUCCAGCACCAUGGCGCUGUCCGGUUCUCAAUUCCAAUUAGUCCGAAAGUUCCGUUUAUAUUAACGUGUACCGUUUCCAUAGUAACAGCUUUGUAACCUGUGACUGUUGAUACGUUGAUGGAGAUGCUAGCUUUAACAUUUAUGGUAAAGCUGUAACUUAAAAAGUGAAAAGUUUAUUCAAAAAACGAAUUUGGUACAAAUUUUUGAGUCGAACAGACCAUGAGGGUCAAAUCCAAGCCAGUGUGUUAUACCAAAGUGUGCAAACUUAUAAAACACACACACACACAAAUAUUGAAACAACAUUUUCAUGACUGAUUAGUUUUAUUUAAGUUCAGUUAUAAGGUUAAUAAAGCUAGUAUGAAGCUUAUAUAGUAGCUACCAAUUUAGCAUUGAGUUUCAGUUCUCUCAUCACUCUUUCAGCAGACAGAUUUGUUUUUGUGUGUGUUUGUAUCUGAUAUCUGCUAUCUAUAAACACAGACAAAAAAAACAGGAAAAAGAAAACACAGUUAUAGCUAGUAGAGUUUGAGGUCUGAUUGAGGGAAAGGGGCGUGGCCUAACACUUAAAACUGUAUGUUUGAUAAAAGUUCUUAUUUGUUUUAUUUUGAUAUUAUAAUACACUUUGUCACUAUUUCAGCCUGAUAUACUGUACAUCAGCAUCCAUUCAUUAGAAACCAGGACACAUUUUUUUUUACAUUUAUUUUCUGAUGAUUUAUUACCUAAUCCAAUAAACCGUCUGUUGGCAUAUGAUGAUAAUAAUCACAUCUAACAUAUUUACAGAUUUCCACCUCAGUCUCUGCCUGUGAUUUCUUUUACUUGAAUUUAUACUAUUCAUCUCGCAAAAUGUUCUGUGUUGUUUUUUUCUUCUUCUGUGUGACUUCAUUUAAAUGUUUUUUGUUCUGUUGUGUUGUUUUUGUGCAGGCUUCGGUGCUAAAUUCUUCUACAAAAUAAAAAUAAAAUGAUAAA